AUGGCCCGCUCCGGCCGCUGCCCACUCCUGCCCCUGGCGCUCCUCGCGGCGCUCGCCGCGUGGGCCGGCGCGCCCGCCUUCGUGCCCGCCCCGCGCGGCGUCCCCGGCGCCGCCCUGGCCGCCGGCGCGGCGGGCGCGGUGCCCUUCGCGGCAUACGCGGAGGUGAUCGACGUCCCGGAGGUCGGCUCCUCGGUGGGCCUGGCCGGCCUCUACGAGCCCAUCAUGCUGGGCAUCGUCCUUUGUCUCGACGGGCCCCACUCCGACUGUCACCACCCUCCUGGGCCUCCUGGUGGCGGCCUGGCUGCAGUUCAAGAAGGGCCCCACCCUCGGACUCUGAAGAUGCCCGUGGCGCGUCGGCUGGGAAGCUUUAUUUUGUGA